CUGGACACUCCUCGCGCAGGAUCAAUUUCAUACAACAGACCUUUUCCAAGAAAGAAAACAGGUUUGUUAUCCUAUCCCAUGAUGAUUUUGUCAGCUGUGCAGGAGCUUAAUGAAGCCAGCGGAUCCACCAUUGCUGCUAUUCAGGAUUUCGUGAAUGGACGUUAUAGCGUGGAUUCCAAUAGUGGUAGCUUGAGGAAAAGCAUUAAGCGAGUACUAGAUGAUAAACAUUUAACGUUAUGCCGGGGAUCGAUGACAAACAAGGCUUACAGAUUGGGCCCUGUUACAUAUGCCGUUCCGCUCAAAGGAGGGGCUCGCCUUGCCGAGAAACUUGGUAGGACACCAAAACGACCAAGAAAACCACCUGCUGCAUCGUUACCAAAAAAUAAUAAAACCAAAUCAAGCGCUGGUCCACUACUUAGCCAUGGAAGUAGAAAUUCUACAGUCGAUGACGAUUCUACCACGGAUAAGGAAACUAUACUAAGCUCUCCUGACAAAACAUCAAAUACAAAGAUUUUAAGUUAUUAUGAUAACUGUAUCCGUCAAUCCGAUUUGAUGUCACUACAGGAUGAGAAUUGGCUUAGCGACGUCAUAAUUGGUUAGUAAAAUCUGCUCUUGAAGAAGGCGUAUUUCAACCUUUACAUUAAUUAAAAUUUGUUUCUUAGAUUUUUACUUCCAAUAUUUGACAUAUUCGUGCCUGCCUGCUAAGGUAAAUUCUGUUGACGGACCGCGGCACAUUUG